UACUAUAUUAUUGCAGAUUUGGGUGAGUGCGAGAGAGAAUCGGUAAUUAUCGAACAAUCUCAGUCCCGGCGAUCGUAGGCGCAAUUGUCGUCGUCACAGACGUAGGCAAUCUCCUCAACAGUCUGUCGAUGGAGGUGGCGUCAUGCCUACCAAGUAUUUACAGAAAUGUGAUGAAAGACCAAACGCUUCCAGCACACAGACAGCGCGGACAGUAAUACGAUUCGUCUUCUUUUAUCGUAGAGAACAUCUUGAGGCUCCGAGAAACUUCACGAAAAGAAGCGAGAGAUCGAGAGUAGUUUCGAAGCCAAGAUUCAACUGACAGGUCUCACACGACGCGAUACAAAAACGAUGCGGACGGUGUUGUUGUUGAUACGCAACGGCAAAACGUCCGUGGUCCGUACAACGACUGUUACGCGUGAACGGUACCGGCUGUACUACGAAAGGGUGGGAUAUCGCGGCGAGAACCCGAAUGUAUACAGUUAUAGGACGUAUUACGUACAGUUGGCGUGGUACACCUGUGUGCGCGUUGCGGUGUAAGCUCUGCAAACACUCAAACCCAGCUCUCGUGCUCUACGGUUUCAUCGAUUUUCCCGCCAAGAUCUGGCGUGACCUUGCUUAUCAUGGUAUAAGGAUCUUUAUACGCUCAUUAUGGAGCAGGAGCAGCAUCAGCAGGAGCAGGAGCAGGAGCAGCAGCAGCAGGAGCAGGAGCAAGAGCAGGAGCAGGAUCAACAACGAGAAAAUUCAAUCUCAAAUCGAAAAAGCCCAAGCUCAAUACGCAGUGAAGAGAUUUGCCCUUGGUGUGGCAUAGAAUUGAGCGAAUAUAGCGACAGUGAUAGUACGAGAAUGAUCGGUGCUAAGAGAUGCUCUUCGUGCCAUGACCAAGAAAUGCAAGCAGAAAUGCUGAGUAUUAGCAGCGCGUCAACGUUGACGUAUUAUGAUGAGGAUUUUCUAUCGUCGGACUCGAGGACAAAGGACAAUGAUGAUGAUGCAAGUCCAGACAAAGAUGCAGAUGCGGAGCGGCCGAUCCGUUCAAUAUCCGUCUCUUCCCAACCAGAGACCGUCAUCGAUAUGUCGUCGUCACUGCCGUUGCCGUCUAAUGAAUUAUCGGGGCCAUGUUUUCCGGCGAAACGUCGUUGUCGUCGUCGGACUGAAUAAAUACAUCUAUUUUUGAUUCCUUGAUCGACACAAGUACGCGAGGAAGGCUGAAAAACCGCGAUUAAAAAGACAGCUUCGUUUUCACGAAAGAUCACGGAAGAAAACCAAGAAGAAGAAGACAUGGAGAGAUGAGCGAGUGAUUAUUGUUUCAAGACAAAUCAUCUUUUGCAUUUUUCAUAAAGAUAUCGCGUAAAAUUUAGACUAAUUAUUAAUAGACUAGUUAAUUUUGCAAACGUGAUACAUGUUUAUCGCCGACGAGUUGCAUUCAUUAUUUUGCGCAAGUACGCGCGUCACGAUAUAUAACAAUUUUUAUUUGAUAUGUGCGGAACACCUCUGUUUUUCGUUUCCUUGUAUUGAACAAAUUUUACGUAUUUGCGCAAACGUGCGUUCUAAAGGAUUUAUAUAUACGUAUACAUGUACGAAUAUUUCCAAAGGGAACGGAAUAUUUAAAACGCGAAUCUUUAUCAACGUUAUAUUUACAGUAUUUUGAACGACGAUUUAUUUUGAUAUAUAUAUGUAUAUUACUACUAGAUACGUGUGGAAAGAUUUGUAACGUUGUGUUGACGUUCAACGCACGCUUUCUUUCUCUCGUACAGAUAUAUUCUUUAUAACGUGCAGUGUACGACGGUUUUAUACCGUUCGCCACGUUAUCUCAAAUUCUUGACGCUACGGUAAAAAUGUGAAAUGAAAUGUAUUUCAAUAGAAGGAACACGCAACUAGUCUUGUAUUUUGAUUUCACAAAUUUUUCGUCACUUGUACCGAAUGACAUAAAAUUGAUCAAUUGAACAAGUAAAUAAGACGUUAUUUAACUUAAAAAUAUUAAGGUAGCUUUUUACAGAAAACUUUUUUUACGUUAUGUUGUGACAUACGAGGAUCCACGGCAAGAGUAUCAUUUUUUUUCCAAAUAUUAUGAUAUUCGAUAUCGUUUCAUUUAUUUUUUCAAACGCGUACGUUGCCUAUAAUUUAAUUUAACGAUUGUAUAAAUACACCUACAAAAAUGUACAACACAAAUGCGCAACACGUAUAGCAAUAUAUUAUAUUGCGCCAUACCUUCUUGUGUUUGGAUACGAGUGCCUCGGAAGAGUAAAAAAUUUGUAUAUUUUCAUAAUUUUACAUUACAAGCGUAUGUGUGUUGUGCACAAUAGAAAUAAAUUGACAUAGAUGAUGAUGUGUUUGUGUUGAAAAUAUUGUAGACACUCAAAACGUAGAGGAGAAAGAAAAAGAGAGAGAGAGAGAGAGAGAGAGAGAGAGAGAGAG